AUACAAUCUCAAACUAUUAAAAACACAUAGAAAUACUUUCUCCACGGUCGAAUAUGUGACCUUGUUAUGACAGAUCAAAGAACGGAGUUCUCGGACGACACUUUGAGGGAUGAUAAGGAUUACGGAGGCAACGAACACGGGUCUGGAAGAGAACGUAGGAAGGCGAGAGGAAGACGUACCCGAGCGAUGUGAAUUGGGGACUAAUUGGCAAGGAGGGAGAUCCACUCCAUUGAGAAAACCCACCAAGAGAGGGUGCAUAGGGAAUCGCAGCCCUCUCUUCAACGAAACAAGAUGGACCGUGAAGAACCCCAUGGGAGUGUCUAGGGCGGUCACAGUAUUGCUGGGCCAAUGAACUUCAAUGGUGGGACCGACCAUAUCAGUAGCGUCGGUGAAUCCUUGGUCCAAAAUUUGGCAAUGGCAUAAAGCCAUAAUGUUCUC